AUGGCUGAACGAAAACGUCUUUCAGAAACAGAUCAAUCUCCAAAUAAGAAUUCUAAAAGAAGAAAACUUAAUCAAACAACAUUAUCAAUGGAUACAUCCACACUUCCUUUAUGUAAAUAUGGCGCUAAAUGUUAUCGAAAACAUCCUGAUCAUUUACGAGAUUAUCGUCAUCCAUCAACAGAACAAAAAGUCGAAGAUGAGGAUUUUACAUCUAAAACAAGUGAUUCUUCUCCUGUGUCAUCUCCACCACCAACAAUUACGAAUUCAUGUUCAUCAUCACCAAUAAAACAACUAACAACAUCGAAUAAUUCUACUAUAAGUUUAAUGGAAUUGAUGGAAUUAAGUGGUGAAAAAUUACUUUCACACCUUUAUCAAAUGGAGUUUCCAUCGGAUCUAUAUGAAUUUUGGAAAUUUUGUUCAAAUAUGAAUAAAAAUAAUCCACGAGAUAUAUUAAAAAAUUUACUCAAUUUGGAAUUAGUGGGCCCAUUUGAAAUUCUUGAUAAUGCUUUGAAACAAUGCAAAACAAUACCUAAUGUUCAUUUACAUUAUCGAUAUUAUUAUGAUACACCUGAAUUUAUGACUCUCAUUCGAACUCUUGAUAAAUCUAGUCAAUUUCAUAUUGGUUAUUAUAGAGAUUCACCUGAUGAACUACCAUCCUUUCUUGCUUCUAAUAAUGCAAGUGAGAAUAAUCGUUUUAAAAUUUGUGGAGAUAAUAUAUUCGCUGCAAUUUAUUUAUAUGCUCGUUCUAUUCUCAAAUCAAAUUCUAAAACUGAUUUACAAAAUUUCCUAACUGAUCUAGAAACUUAUGCAAAAAAACAUAAAUAUUCGCUUGAUGAAAUAACACCAAAAGUUAAUGCUCGAAAGAAAAAAAUUAAUUGUACAUUAUUGAAUUCUUUGGGAAUGGUUGUUCCUUUCGAAAAUGAUAUUGGUUAUCGUCCUGUUCCAUUCACUAAAGAUCAAUUUAAAAAAGUUUGUGAUAAAUUUUGCAAUAGUUCAUCAGAAGCAUUAAGUCAAGCAGCUGAAGAUGAAUUACAACAUGUUAUAACAUGUAUACAAUUUGCAAAUGAUGAGUGUGAUUAUGGUGAAGGUUUAGAAUUCGGUUUAAAUUUAUUUUUAUAUGGUUCACCAAAACUUCAUUCACGUAUUAUGAAUCUUUUACCACUUGCAUAUAAAUUACUUCAACGAAAUCUUUAUGGACAAAUUAUCACAGAUCAUAUAUCAUUAGGUCGUUCAAAUUUAAUUCAAGAUUUAAAUCAAAUAGAAAAAAACAAAUAA